UCCGAAAAGGGAGACUAUGCGGUCCAAGUAGGUAACAGUUCGGACAACAUUUUACUCGAGGAAAGUUUUAAAACAACAAAAACAUUUUACUGGUUAGGAUUAUAA